AAUUUUCAUAUCUUUUUCUCUUCCUUUUCUUUUCCAUCUUUCUAUGCAUUCAAAGCUGCAUCCAUGACAGCCUAUAAUAUUUCCAGUAUAUUUUCUCUCUUCAUUCUCCUUUUCCCUCUCUCUUUCUCAUACUCUAAAUCAACAAUCCAUGAUCUCCUCGUUUCAAGAGGCUUACCAGCAGGGCUACUCCCAAAGGAAGUGAAAUCAUAUACGCUUUCAGAUGAUGGAACCCUCGAGGUUUUCUUGGAUGGACCAUGCUUGACCAAGUAUGAGAACAGGGUGUUUUUCGACAGCGUCGUGAUGGCUAACCUCACCUAUGGCAGUCUCGGCGGUGUUGUUGGGUUAAUACAGGAAGAACUCUUCCUUUGGUUACCUGUUAAAGACAUCAUUGUGGAUGACCCUAAUUCCGGUCUCAUCUUGUUCGACAUUGGUGUUGCUCACAAACAAUUCUCUUUGUCACUCUUUGAAGAACCUCCUGCCUGUAAACGUCAAGGAAUGUUGAAGAAUCAAGUGAGAAAAGAGAAAGAGUUGGAGGCUGUGAGCCUGUGAGAUAAAACUAAAAGUAAAAAAUUCAAUCCAAGCUGCCUCAAACUUUUUUCCUUUUUGAUUUUUGUUUAAUAUAUAAAAUAAUUAAUUAGGGUUUUUCUUCUUCUAAUCAUAGUUAAAUAUAAGUAAAUUUAGUUUAUGCUUAAGAGUUGUAAAGAAGUGUUUCUUCUUGGAAUCUAGCUUCCUUGUCAAAUUACAAAGUCUACUCUUUUUUUUUCUUUUAA